AUGCCAAAUUUAAACUUUUUAUUAAAAUUAAUUAUUUUAUUACUAUCAAAAAAGUUGCAUUAAAUUUAUAAAUUAAGAUAUAAAUAUUCUUAGUCAAAGUAUAUCUUAAAGUAAAAAAGUUUAAAAGCUAAAAAUUGUUCUCUCUAAAAAUUAAAUUAAUUCAGUUGGAAUUAUCUAACUUUUUCAAGCUAUUGCCUAAUGUACAAAUCUUUUAGAGCUAUCCUUAAGUUUAUAGUAAUAAUUAAAUAUAUAUAUAGAAUUGGUAGAGAGAAGGGAUGGUAAGAGAUUUUUCUAUUCCUUAAAAUACCUUUGUUUGUAUUUCCAAAUUUUUCUAUAUACUUUGAAUAUUUUAAUAAAUUUGAAUCAAAAUUUACAAAAUAAGGUAUUUAAAUCUAUUUAUAAAUUAUCAAACAAACUAUAAUAUUUUUAAAGAUAAUUUUAUCAAACACCAAUUUAUUUUUUCUGCUUUACAAUUUUUAACAAUAAAAUUGA